AUGAAGGGUGACUGCGGCUGCUCUGGCGCUUCUACCUUCACUCAUUUGAGCAAUACACCUUUUGAGACGCCGGAAAUUUUGUUCCACUACUGUGAUGAUGCUGGAUGUGUUAGUGGCCAUAUUCUACAACACAGCAGGCCGGUCGCCAACAGCAUGCGGUCCCCAUCUCUUUAUACACCUCGCCCGACCCCUCAAGGUGCCAAUAGCGUCAACCUAGAUCGUCUCAUCAAGGUCCCGGCCAAGGCUGUCAAGCUCUCUAUCGACGGAUUUCCACUCCUCUCAACCAUGCUUCGUACCCCUCCAUCCUCUGACCGCUCCUAUGAUGAAUCCGAACCCCGCCCCGCCCCGCCUUGGCUCCCCUCGACUGGGACCCCUCCGAAAGACCCCUGGGAGCAGUUUAGCAGUGUACCUGUAUAUGUGCCUUUGGUGGCUGUGGUACCUGUGCAACCACAGAGAAGAUCGCCAACUCAAUUCAAAACACACCUCACAUCACCAACGACAACCAGUCAAUGGGUGGGUGCCAUAGAAACACGACUUUACCACAUCUGCGACAACAUCGUUACGCAAGACCGCCAGCGUAUUCCGGGGAACAUCACGCCAGUGGCGUAG